AUGGGAGGAGGAGAAGUUUCCUGGUCGCGGUGGUUUGCGCCAUCCAAACUUGCCUUCAACUUCUUCUUCUAUGCCUUUCACUUUGCCCUAUUUGGCUAUGGAUGGUAUAAGCAGGCUGGCGACUCGCGUCUGGCUGCACUGAAUGCUCUGCAAUUCUCCGUGUGGGUGUCGCGAGGUGCGGGUUUAGUCCUUUCAGUUGAUACCAUGGUGAUCAUUAUGCCCAUGUGCAGAAAUAUUCUCCGAUGGCUGCGACCCAAGGUGCGCGUCUUGCCGCUUGAUGAGUCCAUCUGGUUCCACCGACAAGUCGCCUACGCCAUGGUCUACUUCACCAUUCUGCACGUAGCAGCGCAUUAUGUCAACUUCUUCAAUGUCGAAGUCACCCAAGUGCGACCUGAGCUCGCGCUCGAUAUCCACUAUGCUCAGGCUGGUGGCAUUACAGGACACAUUAUGCUGCUUUGCAUGCUUCUAAUGUACACGACAGCCCAUCACAGGAUCCGCCAACAAUCAUUCGAGACAUUCUGGUACACGCACCACCUCUUCAUCCCGUUCCUGCUCGGCAUGUACACACACGCGACUGGCUGUUUCGUCCGCGACACUGCUCAACCCUUUUCGCCGCUUGAUCACGACAACUUCUGGACCCACUGCAUUGGUUACGAAGGUUGGCGAUGGGAGCUGGUCGGUGGCGGUCUAUACCUCUUUGACCGCCUCUACCGAGAGAUUCGCUGCAGGCGCGAGACCAAGAUUGUCAAGGUUGUCCGCCACCCGUACGACGCUGUCGAGAUUCAGUUCACCAAGCCCAGCAUGAAGUACAAGCCCGGACAAUGGCUGUUCCUCAACUGCCCCGAAGUUAGCUACUACCAGUGGCAUCCAUUUACCAUUACCUCGUGCCCCAACGACCCGUAUAUUUCGGUCCACGUUCGCCAGGUUGGUGACUUUACCCGGGCCCUCGCCGAUGCCCUUGGUGCCGGUCAAUCGCAGUCUAAGCUGUACGACGAGCUAGACCCCAUGGGAAUGUACGAAAUUGCUCUGCAGCACGGCCAAAAGAUGCCCGCUCUCCGUAUCGAUGGACCCUACGGAGCUCCUGCUGAAGACGUGUUUGAGAACGAGGUUGCUGUCCUUAUUGGUACUGGUAUUGGUGUCACGCCCUGGGCCUCGAUUCUCAAGUCCAUCUACCACCUCCGUUUGAGCCCCAACCCACCCAAGCGUCUCCGCCGUGUCGAAUUUAUCUGGGUUUGCAAGGACACCUCUUCGUUUGAGUGGUUCCAGACGCUACUCUCGUCUCUCGAGGCGCAGUCUCUUGGCGGAUCGGACGGCGACCAGUUUUUGCGGAUUCACACAUACCUCACACAAAGAAUGGAUGUCAACACGGCGCAGAACAUUGUGCUCAACUCGGUUGGCACCGACAAGGACCCUCUGACAGAACUCAAGUCUCGUACCAACUUUGGUCGUCCCGACUUCCAGCGCUUGUUCUGCGGCAUGCGCGACGGUAUCCUGGACCGCACAUACAUGAACGGUCUCGAGAGCACGCUCCGUACCGAAAUCGGAGUCUACUUCUGCGGACCCAACGUGGCUGCGAGAGACAUCAAGAAUGCGUGCAAGCAGGCGGCUUGCACAGAAGUCAACUUUAAGUUCUGGAAGGAGCAUUUCUAG